GGCUCGGCAGUCCCUCAGAUACGACGGUCAGUGAAAUAAAUGUGCAACAUGUACUUCUCGAGCUUAAGGCUGAUGGCAGUUUUGCUUGGCUAUUUAGUAGCGCAAGUUAAAACAUAUCCUAUACAAGGAUGGCCGAUGUAUCCCCAAACGGCUAGAGAAUAUCCCGACGAUGAUUACUACUACGCCCCAAAAAUACAGUAUUACUAUGAUGCCCCGGCAAUGAGCAUGCCUGAAGUUUACGGGCAAAUUCAGUACCCUUAUUUCUAUGAUCCCUAUGGCCAUUUUGCGUCGAAUGAGGCGCCAAAAAGGCAAGAGGAAAGACUAGCCGCAUUGCCUAUCGGACAAGAAACGUGGUUUGAGAACGACAACGCGGGCCGAUGGCGAUCCAACGACGUCGAUGACGUCAGUGCGGCCUUUUUAGAUAAUUUGAUCCUUACCCAAAUGGCUCAGGACGCGCAGAGGCGACGCGAGAAUGCCCGCGCAGCGUUCCCGCCUGUUGAUUACGAUGAGGAGCGGGACACCGAGGACGAAGAUGUCCGAGAAUUGAAGGCCUUAGCCGGCAAGCCCUUAUACCACGUACCGAAAACGGUUCCUAGGAUCGAUGACGAGGACUACCCCGCCGACGACGGCUUCAUCAACUGGAACGGCAACAAGCGCAGCGUCACCACCGCAGCGCCUGCAGCCAGCACGGCCGCACCUGAACUGGGCCAGAAAGAAAAGGUCCUACCGCGACCAACUCAAAAUUCCCAUCAACAUCAUCGCGCAGACAACAAAAGAGACCCAUCAUUCUACAAAACCAUCGCCAAAUUACUUUCGAAGAACUCCGAAACUUCAGAGACUCAGGAAUCACCGAAAGCGAGGAGGAUCGAUAAACGCUUCGUGGCCGGAGACAGCGACCUCGUGCUCGAGCUGCGGGGGCUGAAGCAUCGCAUCGCGACUUAAACUGAUGCUAAUGACUACCGCCAACUACCUAUGAGACUGAGUAUUAUAUAGACUAAAUAGAUAUCGACAACGGCGACCUCAAACGAAAUAGUCGCUACAUCAAUUAAAAUUCCAAAAAAAUUAGAGCUCUACGUCUAUCGCAAAUAAUCUCCACAUUCCGUCGCCCGCGUACGAGACCUUUGCCACGUGUUUUACUCAAAGCUGUAGCAGUACGUCGGGGUCUUUUUCGAUUCUUUAUAAUAACUUCAAUGACAUAGAACUAGAAUUAAAUUGUGGAACCGCGUCGAGGUGACGAGUAGGGGUGAAAAUGAUCGUACAAAAUGUGACUAUAAUCUCCAUGAAAAGAGUUGUUGAUUGUAUAUGCAUGAUAGUUUUAUAUUAGGUAUUUUAAUCGAUAAGGAUUAUGAACAAGAAAGUUGUUCCCUUCGAUUGGCAGCUAUUAUAUCGCACGAGGUAAUGUGCAACUGUAAAUAUUGUAGAAUUGAUUGUCUAAGACGUAAUUAUUUAGAUAGAAAUUAAUUAAUCAAAAUUGUGGAAAUACCAUCAAUAUUUCACUUUUACAAAAACGUCUCGGGUUUCUCAUCACUUUUAUACUUAGUUAAGUUUUUGUUUUAACUAUGUAUUAAAUUAGGAACAUCUUUCUAUUUUGAAAGUCAAAGUUUUUACGGCUUAAUCAUUACUUGUAUAAAUAGUUAAUUGAAGAAAACUUUAUAAAACUAGUUUGACGUGAUCUCAUUUCACUAUUUAUAUUUAUUGAGCCUAAACUUGUAUGACUGUGCAUUGCUUUUUGUUCCAUAUUUUCUUGGCCUAACUUUUACUCAGGUGCUACUGUUUAUUUUUUACUAAAAUUAUAUGUUAACGCAGACAAUACCAUGAGAUCUUUUUGCAUAGCAAAAAUUUAAACAUAGUAUUUAACCUAUCUGUAAGGAAAGGAAUAAGAUUCUCUCGGGAAACAGAGGAUUAGGUGAUAUCUUAGCUUUACAGCUUCUUACCUACUUAAUGUCUUGGAUGUAACAUUGGCCUGAGAGGCCUAUUCUUGGGAAUUACACGUGAUUGCGUCCUAUUAUCUUUUCAUCAAAUAACAAACAGCUUUAGCUUUUUUAACUAGUAACUAAGAAUUUUGUCGAAUUUGCUACCUUAAACAUAUUUUUGAAAACAUUACAAUUCACCAUUAAAAUGUAGGUUACAUUAUCUUUCGAAGUACAUAUCUGUUUAUAAAUAAAGUCAAAUUACUCACUCUUCUGUGUUUUUAAAAUCUACCCAAAACUAUGUGGAUUAGUUUGUACCUUAUAGUAUAAUUAGUACAGCCUGUAAAGUGUUACUAAUGGAUGUUAAUGUUACUGUCGAUAAUAUUACAAUAUAAUAAAAUGUACAUUAUUUAAAUAAUAGUCGUGAAUGUUAACUCUUCUUUUAAAAUGGUACGCAUUUUCGUCUAAGUAUCAGUACCUAUACCUAUGAGUAUUAAACCUUGUACCUAGAUACUAUGUUUCUUAAAAAAUGCCUACUUCAACCACAUAGGCAAUAGCGGUUCAAGCAGGCCAUUAUAGAUUUAUGUUAGCUUUUAUCUUAUUUUACGCACAAAAUAGUAUUUCCUACUUCUAAAAGUUGCUCAGAAAAUAAGAUAGGUAGGACCUACUACUUACAUAAAAACGUUCUAUCCGUUUUGACAUAUUAUAUUUUGUAAGAAUAGAAAUCAACUGUAUUUUAUUACAUAUAACUUUUCUUUAAAAUAAUAUUCAUUGUACCUAUUUGAUACAAAUUCGUAUCUUAGAAUACUGUAAGAAUGUUGUAUCUACAAACGUACCUAAUAAUGGAAAAAGAACAAAAAUAAAAGACGAAUGAAAGCAUA